AUGGAUCUUGAACCGCAACCACCAUCUUCUUCCGCUAGCGCCGGGGGCUCGUCCUCCUCGUCAACGGAACUCGUGCACACAGACUACACCCCCAAACUUACGCUAGCUGCAGUGUUUCUGGUCAUCGGCCAUGCCGAGCGGAUGCACCAACGCAACACUGACCUUGACGAUCUCCAUAAACAGCAACCCACCCCUGUCCUAUCCCCCCCUCCGACCACUGGACCCGACCUCACGGCGGCCCUCCAGGACCUUCGCUCUGCCCUCGACGCCAGGCUCGAUGCCUUGGAGAGUCGAAUGGCGACUGUGGCGGCCCCCCCAUCACAGGUGAAGGCUCCCCCUCCGUCCAAACCUCAGGUACGUGGCACUCCCAAGAAGCGCUCGUAUGCGGCGGCAGCCGCCCCUUCUCGUCCGGCUCCUCCCGUGACGACCCUGAACCCACCCACUCCCCCGAAGGCUCCUGGGCCCAAGCACGCCCCGGAGCCCCUGCGGUACGUGGUUCGUUUUGCUGGCCCUGCGCCGGCGCAUCUUCUUCAGACACCCCCCGUCCAACUUGUCAGCGAUGUGAAUGCAGCACUGGCUGCAGUUCUGACUGCACUCGCAGCCUACCCAAGCUCCUCUGGCAACAUCGUCCUGGCCUUUCCCGCCACCACAUCCUACUGCCGCAUCGACGAACACCUCCCGACCAUCCGUAAUGCCCUCAGGCUCAACCCGGAUCACCACAUCUCCAGGAACGUCAAGUGGUCCAGGGUCCUCCUCGGUAACGUCAGCACACGGGCAGCCCCAGGCGGCGCUGUCCAUUCAACCCUGGCCUUGUCGGACGAGCUCGUGAAAAACCCCGCACUUGCGCGCCUCCACCUCACCCAACCUCCGUGCUGGGCACGUCGACCUGAGCAAAUCGACGGUGCUCACUCGUCCGUCGUCCUUGGUUUCGAGGACCUGGAUGGCUCCAUUCUCACUACCCUCCUCCGGACCCCCCUUUUCGCCUUCGGUGCCCCCGUCACUACGUCGCGCUGGCGUGAUAAGCCGUGCCUCUGA